AUGAAGGCCAAGAGCGCAAAAGCCAAAUCAAAAAGACUAGGCAAGGCUGAGUCGCUUACAGGAGAUGCUUGGCGUCACGUCCGGGUGACUGAAGCGCUCAAGUUGAAGCUAGUCCACCUCCAGGACAAGUGGCUGACAGUCCCUGCGCUCAAAGCGCAUGGGGAAAUCCGCAAGCCUAUCACGCCAAGCGCUGAGCGCUUCUUGAGGAAGCUCGAAGCAAAUGGUGGUGAACGAGUGCCUCGGAGUCGCAAGUGGGGAAGUCGGGGCGUGCGCACCUAUCAAGAUGAGUGGGUCUGGCCAAAGAAGAACGAGGACUACUUGUUCCCAGCCCUCCGUGAAGACGCAGAGCUUCAGCGGCGGAACAAAGAUGUGGUUUCGGCUGCCAUCCGGCGCAUCCGCAAGUCCUACACGCCCCCGGCAACAUCUCCAACAUUCGGUCUCAUUCUGGCCGGCAGCGAAGCAUAA